AUGGUCAUAGUGUCUGACCGAGCCAAGGCCAUUGCUAGAGCAUGUGAGAUUGUGUUUCCUUGGGCCCUAAGAGGAAUAUGUUACUAUCAUCUCCAAGGUAACAUAGUCAGGGAUUUCCAAGCAAAAGAGAUCAUGUAUAUGGUUAAGGGUGCAGCUUACGCUCAUACAGUUCCUGAAUAUAACCACUACAUGGACCUCAUUCGAGCUGCAAAACCUGAGUUGGCAACUUACCUAGAAGAAGCAGAUCCGAAAUUGUGGUCAAGAGUUCAUUUUCCCGGUGAUAGAUACAACAUAAAGACGAGCAACAUCGCAGAAUCAAUUAACUCGGCUGUUAAGAAGGCAAAAGGAUAUCCCAUUCCAAAGCUUUGGGAAUUUAUAAGGGAGAAGCUUGGGAGAUGGUUUACCAAGAGGCGGGAGGAUGCUUUGAGUCUCACAACUACCCACAGCAGAGGAGUUGAGUACAUUUUAGCUGUGCGUUCAUACUAUGCGGCAAGUAUGACCGCUGAACGCAUAGACACUUGGUGUUAUCACGUAAAGGGAGGAAAACGUGAUUGCAAUGUUGACUUGUUCCGCAGAACGUGCUCUUGUGGGGUGUAUGAUGUUGAGAAAAUUCCUUGUACUCAUGUCAUUGCAGCCGCAGCCGCAGCAAACGUCCCUCCUGGCAGGAAGAAGAAGUCGAGGUGGCUAACUUGGCUAGAAAUGUCGAGGAAGAAAAACAAUAAACCGAUGAAGAUGCACAAGAAGUACAGCUGCUCUAAGUGUGGGGAACCAGGACAUACUCGCCUAAAAUGCGUGCUCUCUAGCUUUGGGAAUGGAAUGGUUUGGACUUGGGGCUGGAGGAGCGUAUUUAUAGGAGUUCAGGAGGCUGCCUGGCUUCUUGGGACGUCUCCAGUCAUGCGCAGACACAUGGAGACCUAG